GCUUUACAUUCCAGACUCCAGAUAUGCAGUUUGUAUGAUUGUGAAGUGACAACAAUUCAUAUCUAACUAAUUUUGAAAUAUAACGCGUUGGGCAAAUGGAUUUACAAUAUAAGACAAUUCAUCCUGUAAAAUAUUUACAAGAUCACCUUGAACAAGGUAUUCGACCAGAUGGUAGAAAAUUUUUAUCAUUUAGGCCAGUAAGUGUAAAUGUUUCAUCGAUUGUUCAAGCAGAUAGUUCAGCAAUAUUCAAGUUGGGUGAUACAAGUGCAGUCUGUGGCAUUAAAGCUGAAUUAGCGACGCCAAAAGCAGAUAUUCCAGAUCAUGGAUAUAUAGUACCAAAUGUAGAAUUAUCUCCUUUAUGUUCUCCAAAGUUUCGUCCAGGCCCACCAAGUGAACAAGCACAAGUGCUUUCUAAAUUGAUAGAUAUUGUAUUAAGUAAUUCAAGAGCACUUGAUUUAAAAGAUCUUUGCAUCUGCAAAAAUAAAUUAGUAUGGGUCUUGUACUGUGAUAUUUUAUGUCUAAAUUACAAUGGCUCAGUUAUAGAUGCUUGUAUCGGAGCAAUGAUUGCAGCUCUUAAAACAUUGACUCUACCAGAAAUAAACUACAACAGUGAAACAGGAGUAAUUGUUACACAUCCAGAAAAUAGAAAGGCAUUUACUGUAAGAACACUUCCAGUUUCUGCAUCGUUUGCAAUAUUUGAGAAACAACUAUUGCUAGUUGAUCCUUCAGAUGAUGAAGAAGACAUGUCAUCUACAAGAUUUUCAAUUGUAAUGGAUGAUGAAGAAGAAAUUUGUUAUAUACAUAAACCUGGUGGAAUUCCUAUUUCUCAGAAUUUACUUUGUAAAGGACUAGAAAUGACGAAAGUGAGAGCAAAAUCAAUCAGAUCCGUAAUUAAUGCUGCAAUCUCGACACUAAAUGUGAACAAUAUAGAAACAAAUUCACCUAAAUAAAACUUACAUUGUAUAUA